AUGAAAGGUAAAGUGGAGAUAUCAUCUUCUCAAGAACACAAACAUCUCAUUCAGGAAUCAUAAAUCUAAUUAGCUUAAGCUGGAGUGGCAAUAAAUAGCCAUUUUAUAAAGUAUGAGAAUGUAAUGAUGAUUGGUACAAGUGGAGGAUCAGCAUUGUUGUGUUUGAAGGCUGAAGGACAAGAGGAUGAAGAUGAUGGACAGAUUGGAUCCACAGUCAUUUAAUAAUUGAAUGCUCAACAAACAGGAAUAAAUAUUCAAGGCAGUUUGACAGUUCAAAUAUGGUGUGAGUCGAGGGAUGAAUUUGUCAAAGAAUUCAAGAGACUCUAACAAGAAUGCAUAAAAGAGAAGCCUUUAGAAUAGAUAUUGAGUAGUGAUGAAGAGGAUGAAGAUGAAGAAGCAAUGGAGUAAUAAAUGGAAAUAGAAUGA